UUAUCCCAAACAAUCAAUUGUUCAAUUCUAUACUCCAAGGCCAAAGGGAACGAUUAAAAACAAGAGAACAAGAAAUAAAGAAGUAGAGCAAAAGCUGAAACGAAAUAGAACUGCAGUCAUAGGUGUAGCCAUUAAUUACCAUGGCAUCAUCACAUACAAGCAGCCCCAAGCCCGAGAGCUCAAGGCACUCGGCGGCGACGAGCACAACCUUCACACCCGAGAUGCGCGAUCGCCAGGCGCGUGGCAAAGACCCGUACCACUCCGACUCGGAAGACAGUGACUGGGCUCCCGGACAAGGAGAUCGCGGCGGUGAUGGCAGCAGGACCGGGUCUUCGCGGGGCAACGUUGGGCCUGCACGGACCGGCACUCGUAAGAGGGAUGCCGAACCUUUCGCCGCCGUCGAUCGUCGGCGCAUGGCUGCCCAGAUCCUGAAUAGUCCAGAGCUCCUCAUGAUGGCUGCACUACGCGACGAUGAGAGCGUUGCAGCCACACGUCUCAAAUACACCCGCAUGCUUUGCGGUAUGGAUGAGCCGACGCGCCCAGGGAUACCGCACACCGCACCAACAGAGACACAGCGCAAGCGACCUAACCAGGACCAAGGCCAGGGAACCUUUACGUGGUGAUCAGGUAGGAUUACGAUAGGCAUUCCCACUAUACUUCUUGGUAUCGGAUCAUUCUCGAGGGCUACGAAGUACGGGUAUUAUAACUCUUCCGCGGGAGGGGGAGGGGGCAGAGGGGCAGGUUAUGAAUAUACACCUUUCGCGGUAUGUUACGAAGAGGACAAGCUGGCGGUUGAUGCCUACUACUACCCGCUCUCCAAGGCAGGUCUUUGAUGCAUAUCGGCAAGGAGGGACCGGUGCCCGGUAGGACAAGAAGUAUGUAUAAGUUAAUAAAGAUAACAAAAUCAAUCUGAAGCGGCGCUGCGGCGCGUACAUACGCUGUUGGACCAACGCGCGCGGCGCAGGCCAACGGGGGUACUAACAUAAAAGGUGCAGUUGCCGCCCACUGAAGAGUUGUUUCAAUACAACGAAACGCAAGACCUAUUUCCACCAUCUAGUUUCACCGCUGCAAUUCUUCAACUUUUUUUUGUUUUUGCUAAUUUUCUGAUCGGCGACCUUGUCUGCGGCAGAGUUUCUUUUACGUUGAUUAUGCUAAAGUAUCACAUCCAAUCAGAAGAGAGGGGGGGAAAAAAGGCAUAACAUGUAUGUCAUAGGGGAUAACAACAGUCUGG